AAGAAAAGUUGUGUUGUUUUUUUAACGUCACUUCCUGUCAGCUAAAGCGUGUUGCGUGCUAAAAAGGUAAAACAGAAAUAGCUAACGUUACAUUUCGUCAGAUUCCGUUUACAGUUAACCUGUAUUGCAGUUAAACCAGUAGAAAAUGGCAGCGGACAGUAGAACUGAGGACUACCCUCACGAGAUAGACGAACAGCUCACGGGCUUCGACUCCUCAGUUUCUUCUGUCAAAACCAUGUUGGAGAAGUUGAUGUCGAUGCCCAGGAAUGAGCUGCUGCAAAAGCUGGACCCUUUGGAUCAAGCCAAGCUGGAUUUGAUGUCUGCAUACACACUUAAUUCAUUAUUCUGGAUGUACUUGGUUACACAAGGAGUAAAUCCCAGAGAACAUGGAAUCAAACAGGAAUUGGAGCGAAUAAGGACAUACAUGAACAAAGUGAAAGAGAUCACAGACAAGAAGAAAGCUGGCCGUCUGGAUAAGGGGGCCGCUGCACGCUUCGUCAGGAAUGCUCUCUAUGAUCCAGACGAAAGAGAUUCUAGUAAAAAAGCUGCAUCCAAGAAAGCAGCAGACACAAAACCUGACACCCCACGUCCAAAGCGUCCAAAGCAGAGCUGAAGUAAAGGAGGAGCUGUACAGUUUGGUCCCACUGCAUUUUGUACCACUUUUGGGGACAAACACUUUUUGCUCACAAGGCAACAAAGCAACUUCUAAGGUUGUGUUAACAGGGAAUCACACAAGACAACAAGAGACGUACAACAAUACAUACAUACACCAAUGUUUACUGUUGCUCCCCAGUCAAAUAGCCUGUCAGAUUCUUGAUGACUGUUUCCCUGCAGCAGUCAGCAAGUGUUGCUGGAUGUACUGGAAACACAAGACUAAUUGCCAUCUAUGACACACCAUCCCAAUUUUUGCUGAACAUAUUUCUGGACACUAAUGCUGGCAACUGCUUCAGAAUUUAAUAGAUCCAAUAUUGUAAUAUUUUUUAAUGUUACUUCAUUAUUUAGUUGUUGCAGUGUCCUGUAACCAUGAAAAAUGACUUUUAUUUUUAUUUAGAGAAGUGAGUAUAAUAUGAAUUGGGUCCAUCCAGGUAUUGAAAUAUGUCAUUUAAGAUUGUAUGGAUCCUUCUUUUACAUGAAUGAGAAAUGUUAAUUUCUCUCUAUUUUGAAAGUGAUUCUAUGAAUCAUAAGUCAUUUUUUUCAGUUUGGAUGUUUUUACAUACACGCCAUGUGUCAAACAUUGUAAUGUAUUGUAAAAUGUUUUUGGUGAUGUUUUGCUUUACGGUUGACUUCUGCAUAAAAAUAUUCACCAAACAUGA